AUAGUUUGGUUCAGAAGGUCGCACGGUUGUCGACGACCAAGAUGUCCUAUCUUCAAGCUCAACCCCUUUCUCACGCAAAAAAAGUUCGUUCUUUGUACAAGCAAGCUGUUCGACUUCUCCAAGCACAUUAUGAAUCAUUUGACAGAUAUGAGUUCAGAUACCAGGCUGUUUUGAUGCGUGCAAGAUUCGAUGAAAACAAGAAUGAGGUUGAUUUUAGAAAAGCCAAGAAGUUAUUACUUGACGGGCAAAGAGAGCUGUUUCUGAAAAGUCAUCCCCAGCCUGUCAAAUUCCCCACAGCACCUGGAGGUGUGGCCUACCAGAGACAUUAUCCUCCUCCAGAUUGGCUUCUGGAUGUUUGGCACCCACUUGAGAAAGCGCAGUAUCCUGAAUACUUUGCCUUGCGUGAAAUGAGAAAGAAAGAGUUUGUUGAACGAUGGGAAAAGGAGUAUGGAAAAGCAGACCCUGAAGUUAGCCAUUAGUAAAUUUAUAUAGAAACAAAAUUGUAACUUGUGUAUAAAUGCUGAGGGUUGUCCUGAAUAAUUUUUUUUUUAUGAUAACUUCUAUAUAUUGACUGUUCACCUUGCCUGUGAUCAUGAAUGUCCAUCUCCGUUCUAGUGUUUACGGCAGAACUGGCCUUUGGAAAUGUAUCAGUUUUUCUCUACUAGUGCUGCUUGAGAGACGAAAUGAACGGCAAGCAGUUGCUUGUGAUAUUUGUGGAAAAGCUUAAGGCUUGACGAGACAGACUAGAUUUUUUUUCUGUCCUUGAAAGCAUGUGACAAACAAAAUUUUAAGCAAAAGAAGGAAUAGAAGGUAGUAACCUAGGCUUGAGUGUGGUGAUUAUGUGGAUGAAAUAAAAUGUUGCCAAUUUCGACACA